AAAUUGUAUCUUAUGUUAUUCUUUAUGAAACCAGUCGAAAUUCUGCGAGAAUGUUAGUUAUAAGAACUGUAGCUUUGACAUGAAUUUAAGACAAAAUAAAGUAAUCAAAUGUGUUUCAACAACGAAAUUGUUCGAGAAGUCCUUCAUUCAGAUCACCUGGAUUGUUUAGAAACCGUCUCAUUUUUUUCCUCACAGGAAUACCUCGUAAUAUCGUUAUUGGUGUCCAUUUUAUGCGUGACAUUGGCAUGGGAGAAUCGCGGUCACCGAAGAUGUGUUCUGGAUUCGUCCAAUAAACAGUACUCCUUUUACGAAAACGGUCAAUUGACUUACGCCGGGGCAUUUAAUAAUGUUUAUAUCAGAUUGAAAGAACAGAAAUACGGCUCAGGAAGCGUGUACUACUACGUUGUGUUCAAUGGCUAUCACAUGCACGAGCAGAAAAUCACAUCCUACACAACAAACAGGAAGAGACUUCGCAGUCUGGCAAGAAAGUUAGCCGCUUCCUUGAACCUCAACUAUUUCGAUUCAAGAAUAUACUCGAAAGAUCAUAUCCUUUCCUAUCUAUACCAAGCAAAAUACACAAAUGCUCGUGUUGUCAUUCGGUUGAAUCUCGGUUUCUUCCGCUCUGCAUUCGGGCUGUUUCGUCAAUAUUUCGUCAUCAUUGAUAUCUAG